AUGUCCUCACCAACCCCCCUCGAACCCCUAAUCCACCCCCUCUUCGACCCCCUCUUCGACCCCUCAACCUCAACAUUCACCUACCUCGUCGCCUGCCCGUCCACCCUCUCCGCCAUCAUCAUCGAUUCCGUGCUCGACUUCGACCCUGCCACCUCUCUUAUCACCACCACCACCGCCGACUCCUUACUCUCCCUCAUCCGCUCCCAAAACUACAAAAUUGUCAAGAUUCUAGAGACGCACGUGCACGCCGACCACCUUACUGCCUCUCGGUAUUUGCAGACGAAACUCGCUGCUGAUGAAGCGAAUGGAGGUAUCAAGCCCGAGAUUUGCAUCGGCAAAAGGAUUGUGGAAGUCCAAAAAAGGUUUGCGGAGAAGUACGGGAUUCCGAGGGAGGAGUGGGAGGGGGCGUUUGAUAGGGUGUUUGAGGAUGAGGAGGAGUUUAGUGUGGGGGAGUUAAAGGGGAAGGUGAAGCAUUUGCCGGGACAUACGCCGGAUCACGUUGGGUAUUUGGUUGGGUCCAAUAUCUUCUGCGGCGAUUCCCUCUUUGAUCCCGAAGUUGGGUCCGCGCGGUGUGACUUCCCGGGUGGUAAUGCCCACGCAUUAUACAACUCAGUCCAAACCCUCUUCUCCCUGCCCGCCCACUACAAGAUCUACAUAGGCCACGACUACCCCUCCCCCGACUCCCGCUCUCCUCAGCCCUACACCACGGUCGCCGACCAGAAGCGGCUGAACAAGCACCUGAAAGACGGCACAACAAAAGAGCAGUUCGUCAACUGGAGACAGGAGCACGACUCCGGACUGGCGGAACCAAAACUCUUGCACCAGGCGCUGCAGGUUAAUGUCAGGGCGGGGAGGAUGCCGAGGGAUGGGAUGCUGAAGGUGCCUUUGAAGAUGCCGGGCGGGUGGAAGUUGUGA